AUGUAAUUUCUUGUCCACCUCCUCAAUUCACAUUCACAUACACACCCACUUCUCCUUCCCCAUCUCAUAUUUCUCGUUCAAAAUCAAACGGGGCGUCCACCUCCCCUUCACCUACUCAUCAACACCCCCUUCCACCACCUCAGCUGCCGCCGCCGCCGCCGCGCUUUUUCUUCCCUCUUCAAUGUUCUUCUUCUUCUCUUUCUUGCUUGCUAACCCAGCCGCGACCUCCUAAGCAACACCAUUUCAAUUUAUGAAUCCUAUUUGAUAAUUUCCUCAUUUAUUUUCUUCCGAUCGGCUUCGGUUACUUACUUUUAAUCUCAUCUUGCGAGGAUCUAGGGCUUUUUCCAAGUGGAUUAUUUCAUACCACAGAAUGAAGAGGUCGGCAUACUAUAAUGCGGUUCCUCAGGUGCCAGAUCAGUGGCCAAUCAAAAAAGCACUCACCCUUUCUGAUAUUGACAUCACCCAUCCUUUCCUAACGCUGUCCCGGCAACAAGUUGAAACUAACAUCGUAGUGUUCAUGACUCCUCAAGAUCAGGAAAUCUUAAGAGCUGAAGGGCAAGUGGGUUUUAAUGCUCAGGACGAUGAUAAUGGCGAUAUGUAUGCGAUGAGAUUGAAGUGGCGUGGGAGCUAUUAUAAUCUCAUUGGAAAAUGGGGAAAAGUUGUCCGUGGAAAGGGACUUGAUGUUGGGCAGGAAAUUAGACUACGAUGGUUUAAUGGCUGCUUACAUUUCUCGGUGCCACAACAGCAGAUUGUUACAGUCCCACCACCAGUCCGCUUGGUUACAGCACCACCCUUGGUGCAGGACCACUGGCCUAUUAGAAAGAUCUUGACAUCGUCUGAUGUUGAUACUACUCAUCCUUUCCUUCCAUUGCCUCGUAAGUUAGUUGAAGAGCAUAUUCUUGCACAAUGGACACCGCAAGAAAGGGAAAAAUUGAGGAAAGAAGAGCAGGUGCCUAUUAAUGUUCGAGACUAUGAUACAGGUGAAAUUUAUGGGUUGAAACUAAGGUGGCGCGGAAAUUACUAUAAUCUGGUUGCAAAGUGGGCGAAUGUUAUUAGACAUAAAGGGCUUGGCGUUGGGCAAGAGAUCAGAUUACGUUGGGUAAAUAAUUGCUUAUACUUCUCUGUUCCAGAGGAGCGUUAUGUCACAGCAACACCGGGUCCUGAUAAUUGGCCUAUUAAGAAAGCUCUCACAUUGUCCGAUGUGGAUACAAAUCAUCCUUUUCUUACUUUGCCAGGCAAAGCAGUAGAAGAUCACAUCCUCUUCUACUGGACACACCAAUCUCGGGAGCAAUUAAGGAAUGAACAUCAAGUUGGUAUUAAUGCUCGAGAUUAUGAUAUGGGUGAUGUGUAUGUGAUGAAGUUGAAGUGGCGUGGAAGUUAUUACAACCUGAUUGGUAAAUGGGGAAAAAUCAUAAGAGAGAAAAGGCUGCAAGUAGGGAGAGAGAUCAGAGUACGGUGGGACAAUGGAUACUUGGUAUUCUCAGUUCCUGAACUAUAGGGUCUCAUUUCUUUUAGAUAUAGGUAGGAAGAUCGACCUCUCUUUUAUGAUUUCUACCUAUUUUCUAUCAAGUCAGUUACGAGGAAUGCCUUCAUUCCCGAUUUUUUCUUGGUGGUUGGACUGACAUGAAUUACGAAUGUUGAUUCAGGUUGAUAUGGUCAAUGUGGUAGUUUUACUGGGACCAGAACUUUCAUCUUGGUUACAAUUCAUUUAGAUUUGUUUGUGGAUAUAAUGAGCACACUGGUGGCUGACAGCCAGAUAUCUUCAAUUGAAGAGAGUGAUUAAGAUCAUCGAACACUUCCGCGAAUAGAGAUUAUGCUGCUCGGGCCUUAUGGUUGAUUUGAAGGAGAUGAUCGCGUAAUUGGCUUCCGAUUUCAUUGUUGCCAUGUACAUAUGAAAGAUUCUCAGUUGUCGCGGGGUGUGUUCUUGAAGUUGUGCAUUUCUUUGGUGCCAUUCUCGUUGCAUUUUGAUGCAGUUCACGACUGCUUCAGCUGAUACAGUCAGUCAGAAAAAGUAAUGGAUUUCUUGCGGCAGGCUUUUAUUUGAAAGGAGAAUUUCUCCUGCAAUAUAUAUCCUUUUGCUCUGAUGAAAUAUGCAUUAGAAAUACUUAGUGUUAAGUACAAUCAUUUGACCUACUUUCUUAUAUUUCUCUUCUUGUAUAUUAGAUCCUUUAAUUUGUCUAGUGCAGUGAUUUUCCUGCUCCAAACUCGGCCUGAUGAAAAAAGUCUCUUCCUCAA